UCCCCUGUCCACUGUCCACUGUCCACUGUCCUAAAAGACGCUUUUUUCCUUCUACCCUUUUUCACUUUUCUCUGCAACAAAUGUGAGCAGCAACGCCAGCAAAAACACCCGCACCACUGUUCGACGGACACGAAGUAAGGACGGAAGGAAGAAGGAGAAGGUAAUCCUUCGUUCCCAUCAGCUCGUUAAACCAGAAUCAGAAGGCCCAGACGACGGAAAUGAAUCCAGACCAAGAGCUAGAGGAGCAUCAGCAGCUAAACCUGUUUCCACUACACCCAGAGAAUCUGUUCGAAGAGAGAGACGUUCAGGACGACAACGUGUCUUACUUAUUCAAUGCCGACGGUGGAGUCAGCUUGAACGGCCUCCUUGGAGUUACAGGUCGAGUAGUAUUGCCUCCAUCGGAGGAGGAGGAGGAGGAGGAGGAGGAGGAAGGGGAGGAAGAGGAGAUGGGGGAGGAGAGAGAGGAUUCGUUGUCUCCGUCCUUAACAACUUACACCAACACCUUAGGGGGUGGAGGAGGAGGACAGGACAGCGAUGAAGUUGGGAGCUCGUUGGCUAAGACGGCCUUAAGGCAGCGUGAGAGGGAAGCGAGUGAGGAGAAAUGGGUGAUUUACUCGGAAGUUGUUGAGAACAGCAACAACGAAGCCGCCAUGAGCAUCAGCAGCAGUAGCUGCUGCAACGAGUACUGCAACAAUAACAACUCUUCAUGGUAUCAUCAUCAUCAACAACAACAACAACAACAACAAGAAGGGCAUCAAGGGCACCAUCAAGGGAAUCAAGGACUGUGGUUGAAGCUGGACUAUGAGGAGAUCUUGAACGCCUGGUCCGACAAAGCCCCUCUUUACAUCGAAGGAGAGUCUCCACAGACCGUUCCUGACGUUCUUGAUGACUCCCUUUCCAACGGAUUCGUGGAUGGUGGUGGGUUGGGGAGCAACGCAGGGGUACAGAGAGUCCCCGACGUCGGAAGCAGCAUGGUCGGGGAGGACCAAGCGGGCAUAGAAGGAACGAAGAAGGGACAGAGGCAAGCAAGGGUGCUGAGAUACAAGCAGAAGCGACAGAGUAGGCUCUUCUCCAAGCGCAUCAGAUAUGAAGUUCGGAAGCUCAAUGCUGAGAAGCGGCCUCGGAUGAAGGGUCGAUUUGUGAAGAGGAACUGAAGACUCCAAGCUAUAAAUUAUGACUUUAUAAGAGAGAAGGCUCAUUAUGAAGAAGAGUAGAGAACAAAGACUGGGGAGUUAGACUUGGUCUGAUCUUCCCAAUACGUCCUCUGUAAAUAACUUCUCAGCUCAUGAUCUACAGAAGAACAGGGUUCCUCCCCCUCGGGUGGAUCUGCUGCAAAAAUUUCUACUGCCAUAAAAUAACUUUGCAUCUCUUUGUCUAUGAAAUAUGAAACUCUGGUGAAUCUGUUUAUUUCGUCCUGCAUUUAUUUUCCUUUGAUCCAUGGUUGUGCAUUUGAUGUACUUUGCAUUUAUUGCUAACCCUUACUGGAUUAGCCAUUAACUUGUGUAGGCCAUGGGUAUAACCAUAAUUGAUAUAUAUUUUUUCAACC